CCUCUUUAGAUCAGCCCAAGUGUUCAGUGUCUUCUUCACAACAAAACCCUUGUCACUCAUAUUGCUGUGUCUUUAGAUUCCAAUAUUUUCUUUACUCCUGCAUUUUCAGAAAAGGAUGGAUAGGGUGACAAAACUGGCACCACAGAAGGCAGUGGUGAUCUUCAGCAAGAGCUCAUGCUUCAUGUGUCAUACCAUCAAGAGAUUGUUUUAUGAACUUGGGGUGAGCCCAGCAAUUCAUGAGCUUGAUGAAGACUCCAGGGGGAGAGAGAUGGAGUGGGCACUCAUGAGGCUUGGGUUUAGCCCUUCAGUACCUGCUGUCUUCAUAGGAGGUAAACUAGUGGGUUCAACCAAUGAAGUCAUGACUCUCCAUCUCAAUGGCUCAUUGAUACCAAUGCUCAAAGAUGCAGGUGCUAUUUGGCUUUAGUAACGCUCCUCUCAGUACAACUCAGUUCUUAUAAGGAAUCAACUCAUGAGCUCUUUUUAUUAACAGCUCAUCUCCAGUCUCCAGUCUUCACUCCACUUUUUGUUUUUUGUUUUUUUGUUUUUUUUCCUGUCCUAGGUAACUGUACUCUUAUGAGGAAAAAAAAACACCAUAUGAAAACAAACUGAUACAGCUUAUAAUGGCUUACAUCUUUUGCUUAAUAUAGUUGCAGUUUUCCUUUCUUGUA